GAGUCCAUGACUAGAAUGCCCGAUGGCGCUAGCAUUCGUAAUUCGUGUUCGCGAUCCAAUCCAAAUUCGACCAAGGGGCCCAACGGGCCCAACCAAACGACACGACGAACGUGUAUUGAGGAAUUUGAUCAGUGGGAAUUGGUAAUGUCAAUACUUGGUAGAAGUGGAAUAUUCUUUCGUACUACUUUCAAUAAUCAUUUGCUAAAGUCUAGAAUUAUGGCAUCGGCUGAAGUAUUCAAACGUUUGGAGUCGAAGGCAACUGCUGCUGAGCAAAUAAUAGCAGUCUUGAAAUCAGAGCUGGAUGAACUGAGAAAAAACCGAAACGAUUUGGUGUCAGGUGAUCAAGCCAGAGAGCUGGCACUGGAAAAUGAACUACUCCGUAACGAAAUAGAGAGAUACAAGAAUGAGCUCAUAAGAUUAGAAAGCAAUCGAGGCAUCCCUCAGAUUCCAACUCCAACAACUCAGGUCUCAGAGACUAAGUCUUCUCCAACUCCAGAGGACACUAGCCCUGUUAAAGAUGCUAUUCCACCCACAAAUGGAAAAAAAACUGAAGCUAAAAAGAAAAAGGAAGUUAAAGAAGCCAAACCAAAGACAGCUGUCGAGAGCCAAGAGCCGCCGAUUGAUGUUGGCAGGCUCGAUUUCAGGGUAGGAAAAAUUGUAAAGGCGGAAAAACAUCCUGAUGCUGACUCACUCUAUGUAGAAGAAAUUGAUGUAGGAGAAGCAAAAAAUAGGACAGUGGUCAGCGGGUUGGUAAAAUACGUGCCUAUUGAUGACCUCAGAGACAGAAUGGUGAUAGUGUUAUGUAAUUUAAAACCAUCAAAGAUGCGUGGAGUAACUUCUGAGGCAAUGGUCAUGUGUGCCUCUAGUCCUGAGAAAGUGGAAAUUCUUGUUCCACCUGCCGGUGCCGCCCCUGGGGAUUUAGUUCAUGUCGAAGGGUAUCCUCGCGUUCCUGAUGGUAUUCUGAACCCUAAGAAAAAAAUAUUCGAAACAUGCGCCCCAGACCUCAUGACCGAUGACAAUGGACAAGCAGUUUAUAAGAAUACACCUCUCCAUGUACCUGGAAAAGGAAUUGUUCUGGCCCCUACUCUGAAACGAGUAGCAGUCAAGUAGUACAAAACACAUGGCACCCCUAUAUCAUGAUCACACGUAGUGGAUAUUCAUCUCUCCUCCCAUUUGUGCCAGGUUACAUGUCACACGUCGAAUAUAUGCAAUAUAUUUAUUAGAGAAUUUUUCAUGUUCUGUUAAUAAUUCAGUUAUGAACACAUUCUAUAAUAAAAAAUUCGAGUACCGUCAAGUGUUACUCUGAUGUUCCAAUGA